GGAAGUUACACGUACGUCAUCACCUUGCACCGGAAAUGUGACGUAUUGUACCAAACAUCGCAACUGCAGCCGCAGAUAGUUCUUGGUUUCGCUGUUGUAAUACUGGAUACGCUAACGCUUGUAGAAGAUGCCAACACACGGUUCUUACAAGUAUUCAGAUGGAUCAGAAUAUACAGGAGAGUGGAAUGAUGAUGGUAAACGCCAUGGACUUGGGUACAUGACUUUUAGUGAUGGCUCCAGUUAUGAUGGUCGGUUUGAAAAUGGACUUUGCAAUGGUUAUGGUGUCAUGAUGUUCCUAGACAAGUCAAGGUAUCAGGGAGAAUUUACGUCUGGCAAAUUCCAUGGAUUGGGGAUCUUCCAACGCAGUGAUGGAAUGAUGUUUGAGGGCGAGUUUCAGGAUGGCAAGAUUAAUGGUCUAGGAGUGGUAACUUAUGCUGAUGGUACGCAUGGGCUUCCACGUAAUGAGGGCGUGUUUAAAGAACACCGGUUUGUACGGCAAGACACGUGUCCACUGGUCAUUCAGAAAGCAACUCAAGCAGCCCAGUCAGCUUUUGCACAAAAACUAACUUAAAUUGUGGCAGUGUAAUUGUCAAACCAUGAAGGCCUAGUACCAUUAAGUUUCUGUUUAUUAUUACUUUUUAAAGUGUAUAUAUUAAUUUAUAAAAAUGUCUAUCUACCAAUUUAUUGGUGCAUCUCUUGUUGUAUUUUUCAUCGGGUAUUGUAUUUGCAUAGUUUACACAUUCUUUAAUAAUCACGGGUAUGGUCUGGUACUUUUAUUCUUAUUUAUAUGCCAUCUUAUUAAAGAGAACAUUGAUGAUGAACCUCUCCCUAAACGUGGUUUGAUGAAUAUUUGAUUUUAGAAUUAUGUUGCUAAAUAAUUUUGUAACUCAGUAUUCACUAAAUGUUUUUUAAUGUUUUAAAACUGCCAAUGAUCAUUUGCUUGUAAUACUGGUAGCACCAUUAUUUGUGCUGUUCUAUCAAAGCUGUGCAUGUAGGUACACCUACAUCAGUAACAUGUAUAUAUUGCUGCUGGUGCCGAGCUAACAGCCUGCAACCCCUUUCGUUCACUGGCACGUUCAGCAGUUUGGGCCUGUUUGUCACUUAGGCUGCUGAUGAGGCUUGCUUUGCAAAAUUUCUUUUGUCUGGCAGCAAUCAAGAAACUUCACACGUAUAGUCUGAAAUUAGAAGUAUUAUUGCUGAAACGUCAGUAGUUUCCUGUAAAUUUUUGUUAUGGACUUUCUGUAGUUGUCCAUAAUAAUUUUUUUCAAAAAUAAUCUGUUAUUUACUCAUCAUAGUGUUAGGCAUAUAUAAUAACACUUUUUUAGCUUCUGAAACGUGCAAAAUAAAUCUUUAAAGGCAGGCAUCAGGGCAUCAGGGGCAGUACAAGUCAGUGUCAUGGCAGCACCCAAUUUGUUUCAAAUAAUAAAAGUGCGUGUCUGAUUACAGAAAUAUUUAUGCAUAUAUUUUUGAUGCAAUGAGAAUGAUAAUCUACUCGCGAAUUCCAGACCACUGUUCCCGUGUGAAUCUCCAAUGGUAUUUUUUUAUUAAGUCAAUAUAUUUGCACAAUUUCACAAUCAUGUAUGUGUUGGAGUUACAUUUAAUAAUCAAUAUGUAUCGCAUAAUAAUGUGAGUGUCAUUUCAUUUCGGUUAUACUGAGUCAUAGUGGGUAUACUAUCAAGAGCUAAUAAAUACCUGUUUAUUAGUGCUUGAUACUAUAAUAUAUGACUUGAAUUACUGUUUAUAUAUUUUAGAGAAAUUAUAAGUCCACUUGCCACCAACUUUUUACAUUUACACUGCUAUUGAGUUGCAUGUAUGGAUAUGUGCAACUGCUUCAGCUUCACAAAAUAGUAAAUAUGACAAUUAUUGAUAUUUACAGUAUUGUAAACAGUGAUAAAAUUCAAUGACAUUUAUGAAUGUUCUCUAUACACUGCUAUAGCUAUAAACUUUAUAAAACGGGUUACGCGAACAGGUCAUUUGAAAGUCAAUUGUAUUGUGUGUAUACUAUCAUAGACUAAUAAUAUAUUAGUCUAUGAUAUUAGUUGCAGGUGCAGUGUAUUGCAGUAUAAAGAAAUUUUAAAAGGAAUAAAAUUGGCAAUCAUCAAACAUUGUUUAAAAAUUAUACAACUUUAUUUCUCCAUGAAUGUAUAUAAUAAACAUUUAAUAUAA